GACUUUAACACCCUCCUUUCUCUCUCUCUACCUGGAAACUUCACUUCUUAUUCUUCUGUGUUAAUUGAUCACUAGACAGUGAUCAUGGGAGGGAUUUGUUCAAAGAAAUCCAAUGGUAACAACAAGAAAGCCAAUCCAUAUGGAAAGACUAAUGGGAAUGGUGUUGUUUCUUAUGAAAACAAGCAACAUAUUUCAAGUACUCAACAAGUGAAGGAAAGUAAAGAGAAGAAGGAAUUGCAAGCGGCAAAUUUAAAGCAGGAAUCAUUUUUGAAUUCUAAAAAUGAUAUUGGGGAUGAGUUUUAUGAUGGGAUUCCUAGAUAUCCAUCAUCAUCAAUCAAAUCAAGAUCAAUUCGCAGACAAGCAGCUGUUGCCAAGGUUUCGGAGGUUAGUUCACGUUUAAGUAGAGUUGGCAGUGUUGGACUGGGGAAAGCAGUGGAGGUCCUGGACACGCUAGGGAGUAGCAUGACAAAUUUAAACCCCCAGACUUUCACCUCUAGUGUAGCGACCAAGGGCAAUGAACUUGGAAUUCUAGCUUUUGAGGUAGCUAACACGGUUGUCAAGGGUUCCAACCUUAUGCAAUCUCUUUCUGUACGAAGUGUAAGACAUUUGAAGGAAGAGGUGCUUCCUUCAGAAGGUGUGCAAAAUCUGAUAUCAAAAGAUAUGGACGAGCUUUUGAGGAUUGUUGCAGCUGACAAGAGAGAAGAGCUGAAAAUAUUUUCAGGAGAAGUGGUUCGUUUCGGAAAUCGAUGUAAAGAUCCUCAAUGGCACAACUUGGACCGUUAUUUUGAGAAAAUUAGCCGAGAUCGUAAUCCUCGUAAGCAAUUGCAGGAGGAGGCAGAAUCCAUAAUGGAACUUUUAAUGAUUCUGGUUCAGUUUACAGCUGAGCUAUACCAUGAAUUGCAAAUUUUGGACAGAAUGGAACAUGAAUGUCAACGUAGGGAGGGUAGUGCAGCAGCUAAUCAGAGAGGAGAAAGCCUUGCGAUGUUAAAGGCAGAAAUAAAAAGCCAAAAAAAGCGAAUACGAAAUGUAAAGAAGAAAUCACUUUGGUCUAGAAGUUUGGAAGAGGUGAUGGAGAAGCUUGUAGAUAUCAUCCAUUUCUUAAUCCUCGAGAUCGGCAAUGCCUUUGGUAGUGGUGAUGAUUCCGUACAAGAUGAAGAAUCUGUUAGCAAUAAUCCAAGAUUGGGACCUGCCGGUCUUUCUUUACAUUAUGCAAAUGUAGUUAUGCAAAUUGAUAAUCUUGUGGCACGAUCGGGCUCCAUGCCUCCAAAUGGUAAGGAUACAUUGUACCAGAGCUUGCCACCUGGUGUAAAAUCAGCUCUACGUCCCAAACUGCAAUCAUUUAAUGUCAAAGAUGAGCUUACCAUCACAGAAAUUAAAGAUACGAUGGAGAAGACACUGCACUGGCUGGUUCCAAUGUCCACUAACACAGCCAAAGUGCAUCACGGUUUUGGUUGGGUUGGAGAGUGGGCAAGUUCCGGGUCUGAGGCCAACAGAAAACCUGCUGCUGGAGCAGCUGAUAUAAUCCAGAUUGAAACACUCCACCAUGCGGACAAGGAGAAAACAGAAGCCUAUAUUCUUGAACAACUAUUAUGGCUUCACCAUCUUGUCAGCAAAACCAAGAGUGUUUCUAGUGGUGUUAGCAUAAAAUCUCAUGCCAAGUCUGCAAUUGGCACACAGGGUCAGAAGUCGAAUCAGAAACAAGAGCAAGAGUCACCCAAUGCAGCUGACUUGCCUGACGCUGUAACGUCCAAUGCACCACCACCAACAACGACCGAAGACCACAAAAUAUUGCAGGAUGCAAGUGAGGAAAACCAGAUAGAAGAAAAUAGUAAGAGCCAGGACAUCAACUCAGUGGAUACCAAGUUGAGAGAAGAUGGUGGGCUGAGUACGACUAACAACAAUUCCCCUAGAAGGAAAAGCGAGGACUCAGCUACUGUCAAAAGUGUUCCUUCUGUGCUUCCCAUCAGUGAUAUUGGUAUUGACAAGGAGGAAGAAUUGGAUAAGAUUGACAGAGUUGAUGUGCUCAGAUACAAGGGAAAGCCUGGACUUGUUACUGUCAAAACUUAAAAAGCAUUCUUUCUUUGGUUCCACCAUUGGCUUAUGGGAUGACAAGGAGAAACGAUCGGAUGUUAAUAGUAAAGUUGACGUGCUCAGAUAACUUAUUGAAUGAUAUACAUGAAAUUGAGUGACAAGAAAAUUCUAGUAAUUUAUAGACUGGGAAAGCCAUGUAGUCCGUCCUUGUGCAUUUGGGCUAAACCUGGCUGCAUAUACAGGCAUUACAGCUUCUGUAAUGAUGGACAGAAUCACAGUUUAUACACUACUAAAUAUACUGAAAGCAUGCUGUACUUGGACCACAGGUCCUGUGGAACUGAAAUUUAAAAAGUUUGCCUUGGAUUCUGGUGUA